AUGGGCCUUUCCGGAUCGCAUCUGCACUGCGAGACAGUUCGGGACGUGAGCCCGUUCACCACAGAGAUCAUUGUCGUGAACAACAUGCAGACCCCUCUCCUGGUCAUCGAGGCUCAACACCAUGGUGAUGCGACCCCCGCCAACGGCAUUGAACAUCAGGUUCCACCUGGGGAGCACGCAAUCAUGUCCGGCUACCUUGUGGAGCCCCGCGCCACGAUCUUCAUCCGCACAGGUCUGCAUACAGCUAAGAAGAUCCUGGUCCCAAACCUUGGGCGCAUUUCCGUCAACAACGAGCCACAUGGGCUGAAGGUUGAGACGGUGGACGAGCAGGUUUCAAUCGAGGACUUUGAUGGAGAUGCCGCGCUUAUCAAAGGCAAUGACACGGUGCCAAUGCUGAUGCGAAACGAGCACUUCAAGGAUGUCGCCCCGGAAGGCUCGCCGGUGAACCUCAAAGUGGGUGGCGCCUGA